CGCUGCCUUCUCUAGCCAAAGAGUCGGAGGGAAGCUCAAUGGAAGCGGCGUGGCGGCUGAUGAUGGCCCCGCCGCGCUUAUGGACGGGCAGCAGCAGCCUUCUCGUCUCUACAGCUCGUCGGCUGUUCAGUACAGAAGCUCCUAAAUCAUUUCUGGUGAAAGAGCCUCCUCCUCCAAAAGUGGUUGACAGAUGGAAUGAGAAACGAGCACUCUUUGGUGUCUAUGAUAAUAUUGGAAUUCUGGGGGAUUUCAAGGCCCACCCCAAAAACCUGAUUGUGGGGCCGGUAUGGGUACGUGGAUGGAGGGGAAAUGAGCUGCAGAGAUGCAUUCGCCAAAAGAAGAUGGUGGGUGACCGAAUGUUUGUUGACGAUUACCAUAAUCUGAAUAAGAGGAUUAAAUUCUUGUACAAGCGAUAUAAUCGCUAUAGACUGUAUCGUUAAAAGAAGUUCUCUGCAACAACAUUUAUCUCCAAAUAUUGUGCAUUACUGGAAGAUAUUUAUUAGUCGCUCUAAUAUGCAGAAACUGGUCGUUGUGUGAAGCCAUCCAAACAUCAUUCUUGUUAUUGUGUUCUGUCUUUUGAAUUAUUUUUGAUUUCCAGUUAUUUUUCUUUCACUUCAUUAAUUGAAAUACUUUAGUAUUUAGUUCUGAUAUGUCAUUUCUUAGAAAUAUUAUUCAAGCAAUUUUGAUUUCAUGUCUACUUCAGGAUGAGAUACAUUAUAUGGUUAUUUGCCAAUCUGGUUAACAUAUAAUUGCAAAUAAUAAAUUUCAUCUUUUUA